GUUGAAUGGGAGCCACGAACUCCCUUCCUUCGUGGCACCCUCAGAUCCUCUUUCCAUCUUUUCUUCUUCUCUGCUCGUUACUUCUUCAUCUCUUCUCUCGCACGGAAACUGCCGGAACCAAACGCAAACAUGGCCGCAAUUGAUCACUGACAGUUUUCUCGUUUGUCUUCUUCAACCCAACAACUGAGCAAACCAGCACAAGAAUGGCCAAAUUCACCUUCAGAGCUGAUCUCAACUUCUCCUGUCUUUCACACGACCCGCCUUCUAAAAGCUCGAGUUUCAACUCUUUGCUCAAACGCCGUUGUUUACCCGCGUUCCCUUCUAGUUCACGUCUGAAAUUCGUGGUUUCUAGCAGCAUCAAAGAGAAGGAGAAUGUUGCAGAAAGGGAUCGAGACGCCAGGCCAGUGCUUCCCCGGCUGCGGGCCGGUGAAUUGGAGAAAUCCGAGGGUCGACUGGGAACUGGAACUAGCUCUGGUGAAGUGGGUUCUAAUUGGACUUGGCCCCCAUGGAAGAAUCUUCCUGAAAGAUACAGACUCAUUGGCACAACCUCUCUGGCCUUUGUUAUUUGCAACAUGGAUAAGGUGAAUUUGAGUGUUGCAAUAAUUCCAAUGUCACACCAGUUCGGUUGGAAUCCAUCAAUGGCUGGGCUAGUGCAGUCAUCUUUCUUUUGGGGUUAUGCAUUAAGUCAAUUGCCCGGGGGAUGGCUUGCAAAGGUAUUUGGCGGGAGAAAAGUUCUUGAGAUUGGUGUCUUGACUUGGUCACUGGCUACAGCACUUGUUCCUGUUCUUGCUGGAUUUUUGCCUGGCCUAAUUUUGUCAAGGAUAUUGGUUGGAAUUGGAGAAGGUGUUUCCCCAUCAGCAGCAACUGAUUUGAUUGCCAGGUCAAUACCAUUGAACGAGCGAUCAAGAGCAGUGUCCUUUGUUUUUGGUGGUUUAAGCGUUGGAAGUGUCACAGGGCUUCUUUUGGCUCCACCCCUCAUCCAAAAUUUUGGUUGGGAAUCUGUAUUCUACUUUUUUGGACUUUUGGGGAUCACCUGGUUUUCAGGAUUUCAGUUUGUUAAAGAAGGGCGAUCUUCCUUUGGUGCAGCACCUGUGUCCUCGUUUCAGUCUAUCUCUGGGAAGAAACCAGUGAAGACUUCUUUUCAGGAGUUGGCUGUCUCAAUCAAUGAUGUACCGUGGAAGGCUUUUUUCAAAAGUGAAGCUGUAUGGGCGAUGAUAUAUACUCAUUUUUGUGGUAGUUGGGGUCACUAUACUUGUCUGUCUUGGCUUCCUACUUAUUUUAGUGAGGAGCUGAACCUUAAUUUGACGGAAGCUGCAUGGGUCUCUGUGCUUCCUCCAUUGGCUUCUAUUUUCGUUACCGGCAUUGCAUCACAGUUAGCAGACAAUUUGAUUGCCAGAGGAGUUGAAACAACUGUGGUGAGGAAACUUUGCCAGACAGUUGCCUUUUUGUCUCCUGCAACUUGCAUGAUCCUUUCCUCUUUGGAUUUGGGAUUGCCUCCAUGGGAAGUUGUGGCGAUCCUCACUAGUGGCUUAGCACUAUCAAGCUUUGCCUUGUCAGGACUAUACUGCACUCAUCAAGAUAUUUCACCUGAAUAUGCAAGCAUACUUUUGGGUAUAACAAAUACUGUGGGGGCUGUACCUGGAAUUGUAGGUGUUGCUCUUACAGGCUAUCUUCUUGAUUCAACUAAUUCUUGGAGUUUGUCGCUAUUUGCACCAUCAAUCGUCUUCUACCUUACUGGCACCAUCGUAUGGUUGGCAUUCGCUAGCAGCAAGCCUCAAAACUUUACCGAGGAAGAUUGAUUGACCUUGUAGCCUAGAUUUACAUUGAUUAUCCUGAUUGAAGCAUCAUAUAAGGGGAGAUUUCAUCAACUGCACCACUAACUUGGAUUUCUUGCAACAAUUGUCAAGCUGCAGCUGUCUCUUCCACUAACCACAGUUUUGUUUUUGAAGCAUUUUCAUGGAAAAUUGUGUUGUAUAUUUGUAGAAAAAUCUAUAUUAGUUGUAUAUCUUGUUUAUUUAGUCUGGACACCAAAGCUAUGCAAGACCUAUUUAAAUAGCCUAUUCUGGCCCCAUUUAAAGCUUAAAUCU